CGGCCCAAGUCGCCGGCUGGCAGUCGAGGAGGACUGGGAUCGCUCUUCGGUUGGAACACAGCCGCCAAGUCGAAUGAGUCCUCGCCGACGACCACAUUCUCUGAACGCUCCACAUCACCCUCACCGGGACUGAUUAAGCCUCCUUCUCUUGAGGGUGCUGGACGAGCACGGCUCACACCACCCGGACUGGAUGUGCAAAAGGCGAAUGUGGCAGGGACAUAUUUCCACAACCCGCAGACACCGCUCUUGCUCGGCGACGGCCCGAAUAAUGUUCACGUCCGUGAGCUCGAGCGGGAGCUUUCGCAUGUCAGCUCGGAAUUGGCCGAGUCAAUACGGAGGGAAAUGGAGUUGGAGGAUGAGCUGGAUCGAAUGAGGAUGGAGUUUCCCACUUCUGAGAGUCAAAGGAGGAGUAGUGACUACUUUUCGGAUAGUGGUGCGAGCUCGGGAAGGUAUCCCAUCUCGGACUUUGAUGCGAAGUUGGAGCAGGUUGAGAGACAGUUGCGGAAAGUGGAGCAGGAGAAGGCGAAUCUCAAAGUCGAGACCGCGAGUCGAUUACAGACUGAACUGAGUCGACGGAGGGAUUUGGAAGAGCUUGUACGUGAUUUGGAGGAUCAGUUGGAGAAGCGGGAUGAAAAGGAGGACAGGACACCAGGUGACAAAGUGGAGGAACUGAUGGUUCACUUGGAAGAAGCGAGAAGGCGCCUCAGUCAAGAGAAGAUGACCAAGGAGAACUUUGAGGAUCUCUACAGCGCGACCAGGGAAGAGCUGGAAAGAUUGCGGAAUGAGGCUGACAAUCUGCGGGACGAAGUGGUGCCGCAGUUGAAGGCGAGAGUGGAAGGCUUGGAGGGACAAGCUGGAGAUACCCAGGGACUGAUCUACGAGAACACGCGCUUGCAACAGGAACUCGCAGCGUUACGAGAGGCGCACAGCAAUCACUCCCGAUUCAGCAGCAUCCACGAGGAAGGCGUUGCAUCCGCGAUUGGCCGUCGCAUGAGUCUGCACAGAAGCGGUAUGCCCACAAGAAGCUCCAGCCUCAGGAGAGCCGACUCAGUCAAGGGCCGAGACAGCGAUCGCGACCGAUCACCCUCCGUCCCUCCCAUCCCCGAGGCAGUCAAGGAAGUCGAAGAACAGCGCGACGCCCUCCACAAAGCCCUCAAACUCCUGAUCCGCCGGCAUGAGAAACAAAACCGCGACCACGAACGCGCCAUCACCAAACUCACUGUCGCGAAAAACCGCGCGGAACAAAUCUCCCCGAAGCGAACCGCGUACACCAGAGAGGUUGCGUUCUUGAAGGAAGAAGUCACGACCCUCCGCAAACGCACGGAAGACGCUUUGGAACAGAAAUGGCAGUACGAAAAGUCCCUCUCCGGCUUGAAAAUGGACCUCGAUCGUGCGGAACAGGAAACCCGCGGUCUCCGCACCAUCCUUCAGGAAAGCGACCAGUCUUCCCCGACUUCGACCCUCUCCGCUGAAGACGAACAGCUCAAACUCAGCAUCACCCGCGCGGAAACGGAACGCGACCACGCCCGUGCCGUGGCGGCCGAGUAUCGCCAACGCGCGGUCGCCAACACUACCGAACCAGGCUCCGGAUCCUCAGACGACCUCCUCGCGGCCGCUACCCGUAUGGACGAAUUGGCGGAACAAUUAGAAGCACAAGUCCAGUCGCACACGCAAUUACGAAGUCGCCUGACAGCGGCUGUGGUUAAAGGAGAAGAAGAACAAAGGGAAAGCACGCGCCGAAUCGAAGAGAUGCAAAAACGCCUCAAGGGAAUGGAAGACUCCGUCCUCGCCGCGCAGCAACAUUCCGAAACCACACUCGCGUGCCACGACGCUGAAGUCCGUCGAAUCGAAGACGCUUCCUCCCCUUCCCUCGCCCGGUUAGCCGUCCCUUCAUCCCCUGCGGUGGGGGCACGAUCUCCGAGUCCCAUGCUAGGUGGAAGGAGCCCGCGGCUGGGGGGAAAGAUGGAAACGACGAGUUUACUGGAGAUGAGUCGGACGGUGAUGUUGGAGAGGAAGGUGAGGGAGUUGGAGGGGUUGUUGAGGGAGGCGGAGGAGGAUGUUAAGGUUGUGGUUAUGAGGGUUACGAGGAGUCAGUUGGAGGUUGCGGAAUUGCAGUUGGAGAGG